AUGUCAUUCGACCCUCGACCGAGAAUCGGCGUCGCCGCGCUCAUCUACGGGCCCGACAAGCGACUCAUCAUCGGACGCCGGAAGGGCUCCAUCGGCAGAGGUCAGUGGGGAUUUCCUGGAGGGCACCUAGAGUACGGCGAGUCGGUCGUGACGUGUGCGGAGCGCGAGACGCUGGAGGAGACGGGCCUGGAGAUCCGAGGGAUCAAGAUCGCCGCCGUGGCCGAGAGCGUCUUUCACGACCUGCACAUGCACUACAUCACGCUGUUUGUGCACUGCGAGAUGCAGGAUCCCGAUGCGCAGCCGGAGACGCUGGAACCUGAAAAAUGCGAGGGAUGGGAGUGGAAAUCGUGGGAUCAAAUCAAGAACAUGGCGAAUCGAGCGGGCGGGACUGACGAGUUGUUUGCGCCCAUCAUCAACCUGCUCCGCACCCAGCCUGACUUUGGGAACGAAACUUGA